UAAUAUAGCGAAAACGAUGGGAAGUCUGAGUCUCCAUAGACGGAGAGGAUGGGCGUAGGAAGAUGGAGCGAGAAAGGCACAGCGCGGAAAUUCACACACACAGAGUCACAACCUGCCCUUGAUUGCGCGAUUAAACCUCCAGAACGAAAGAGACCGACCGACCGAUCGAUCAAACCAUCAAUGUGGUCAUUCACUAGGACGAAAGAUGCGAGCGAGCGAUCGAAGCAACGGCAAAUGCUCGGGCCGUAAAUGCGAGGCACGGGACUUACUGCUGAAGCAGCAAAGCGUCAAAAGGAGCAGCAAUUACUUGAACGAAACCGGGCGUUUUGGGGCUCAUCAAGGGGAUCAUUACGCACUCCCUUUUUCAGACCGGAGCGCCCUCUCUUUCCAACGAGCACAUUUGCCACCCCCGCCAGAGCGAUGCCGAUCGAAUUCAAUGCUGGCCGAAUGUGUCAGGCUCCGAGAGCUGUAAAGCAGUCGACCCCGACGACGCCCCGACGACGACGAGCACCUCGUCGGCCCGACGUGAGUUGCGGUGGACCAGUGCCCUACCCCGACCCCAGGUUAUCGUUAUGGCGGGCCCCGCCGCCGGGCCCCCGGUCCUCCGGUGUAGUGUUGGUUUAACCUGAGUUGAUGUUCCGCUUGCCUCCAGGUUGACCUCGGGUCUGUGUCAGCAGCCGGUUGUUCUCUUUAUGACAUGGCUCUUGUGCAGGUUCGCGUGAGUUCACUGACGCCCACCUUUUCCAGUUCAUCGCCAGUGAUGUUUGGUCGUUCAACGCUUUAUGAUUUUUCCCCUCGGCAUUUUAGCAGUUCCAUCGGCAUCGAAGUGAAGUGAUGCUCGAAAUGAACUCGUCCCUAAAGUGUUGCAAUUCUUUAUUGUUGCAACUUUAAAAGGCAAGAUGCAAGCCUUCCUAUUUAUAACAUUUUUCCGAUGAAAAUUUUCAAAAUAUGAACUUUGUUGAAAUAUUUGUGAUAGUUAUAAGGAUAGGUGGAUAGUUGUAACGGAUCACGUCGUUUAUUAAAAGGUACUAACAACUUUAUUGAGAAUUUACAGAACACUCGUAAAUACAUCAUCCGAGAUUGUCUAGUUUUCACUACUCCUAUUCAGUAUCCUGUGAGGGGCGACCGAAGAUCUCUUCUUGUCACGAGUGUUCUUUGAUAUCGAAUUCUUCAAUGGAUGCCCAUCCAUUAAAGGUUCUACACUUUAAGUGGAC